AUGACCUCGACUGUCCGCUAUGGGCUGAAGCUCGCGGUCAGACCCUCGACCCUGCUUGGCCCGCCGCUGCACCUUCUACGCCGACCGUCGUUUCCCUGUAUCGCUCGCCGUGCCUACCGCCUCCACAGCACCCUCCACAACUCUGCUUUUGAGCCGACCCCCAAGAACGAUUACACCAAAGACAUCGCUGCUGAGGCCAUGGAUAUUGCGCCUGAGAGCCAGGAGACUGUAUCAUCGCACGCCAGCAUCGAUGCUGAACCCGAGGCAGUCCCGUCACAACCUUCUCCGGCAGUGUUGAAGCCCGGUGAUUCUUUCGGCUCGGACUUCUAUGGAGAGUUGAAUGGCUUCUCACUUGAGUCAGCCGAAGCCGACGAGACAGCCAAGCCUGUAGAGGCUGCCACUCCGCAAGAUGAAGCGGGAGAGCAGGAAUCUGCUUCAGACGGGGAGGAGACGGAACCACCUUUCGAACUGAGUUUCAAAAGAAAACCUUUGCCACCACCAGUAGGCCCGACAGAGAUCCCCAUGGAAAUUCCCCCAAGUCAGUGGUCACAUCUGCUCUACCAAGGGCCGGACGGACAAGACGUCACCGUCGAUUACUGCCACACUUUCGAGAAGUCUGAGUCGGUCGCUCAAAAUUUCCUCAACGAACCUGUGCUAGGUCUGGACAUGGAGUGGCACCCAUACCCCUCUAUCUACAGCAUCAAAGAGAAUGCUUCUGUCCUACAGCUGGCAUGUGAGGACCGGAUUGCCAUCUUUCAUCUCUCGCUCCACGAAGGAACUACCCCUGCCGCGAUUCUGCCACCCUCUCUUAAAACCAUCAUUGAGUCCGACAAGAUUCUCAAAGCCGGUGUAAGUAUCAAUAUCGCGGACGGAUCAAGGCUUCGAAAAUAUCUCAAGCUUGAACCCAAGGGCCUGUUCGAGUUGAGCCACCUAUACCACCUUAUCGCGAACAAACGGACAGCCGGAGGAUACAUUCUCCGGAGUCUCAAGAGACUCAAUGAUCAAGCCAUAGACAAACUCGGCCUUCCUCUCGACAAGGGGACUGUGCGGACGAGCGAUUGGACCAAACCGCUCAGCCAGGCCCAAAUCCAUUACGCGGCUGCAGAUGCCUAUGCCGGAUUCAUGCUUUUCCACGUCAUGAACGAGGAGAGAAAGCAAUUGAAACCAACCCCUCCAAUCCCCGGGUUCGCUGAGCUUGGCUUGCCAAUCGUAGGUGCGGGGGAAGAGAAGGAACCGGACGCGGACGAUCCUUCAGACAGCGCAAGGACCGUUCGCGGUCCCCGGGCACAAGAUGAACUCCACGGAGAAUCUCUUCUUCUAUAUGAGGCUUUAUGCUCGAAGCGGACAGAGAUGGCGGCCGCAAAGGGAGUGAAGAGUUAUCAAAUUGCCUCAAACGAAGCCCUAGCGGGGGUAGCAAUCACUCAACCGCGCACGGUCGACUCACUCAGGCAGAUCAAGGGGCUGGGUGAUGCCACUGUCCGAAACUUCGGAGCUGAGUGCAUGUUCAUUGUCGAGCGUUUCCUUCAAGGCGAAAGAAAUUUGGUGGCAGGAGCCGACAACAUUCCCAACGAUGUCAUCAUCGACGACCCUAUCUUAUCUACUCCCCCUCGGAAAACGCACAGCUCGGCCAGCCUGAAUAAGCUAGAUCCUUCCGAUCGCCUCUUGUUUGAAGCUCUGUGCACCAAACGCAAGGAGAUUGCGGCGGAGAGGAAAAUCCCCACUUGGCAGUUCUACAAAAUUGCCAAUAACCGCGCCCUCAAGCAAAUUGCGGUCCAACGUCCCAAAGAUACCGAGGCGCUGCUUGGGAUUGAAGGAAUUGGCGACUACUUGGCACGGCAAUUCGGACACCACUGGCUGUCUGUUGUCAAGAACUUCUCUUCUGCAAUGCCGGAAAAGGAUGCAGCAGCAGAGGACGAGCUAUCUGACGACAAUGGCUCAGAAGGUAUGACGUCUGAGGAUGAAACCUUGCACAUAUCCCUUCCUCCCGGAACCGAGGGCUGCUUGGAAGGCAAGCAUAUCGUUUUCACGGGCAUCCUGGAUAUGUUAGGCCGCACAGGAGCAAGUGAUCUUGCCACGGCAUGUGGCGCACGAGUCACGGAGAAGCCAGAUGCUGCGACCAAUUUAGUUGUGACUGGAAGAGACGUUUCAUGGAACAAGCUGCGAUACAUCGCACAGCGUGAGCUCGAAACCGUUUCCGAGGAAGGAUUCAUCGCCUUGGUCACCCACAAAGCAGUGGAAACUCAUGUUGCCGCUGGACACCAGAAGCCUCUUGGAACGCUCGCAACUUUGGUCGGGGCUCCAGGCCCGGCCAAUACCCAGGAACCAGAAGAGCUCCCCCCAUCAGAUCGUCCUUUUCAUAACGCUCUCAGAGCUUUCCGCACGCAGCUUGCGUCUAUCAGCAAGAUGCCGGCUGCAAGUAUCUGCUCUGACGCCGAUCUCCGUGCCAUUGCUAUGGCGAAACCGCCAAGGCGGGCCAAUCUCCUUCGUCUUCCCGGUGGUAAGGGCUUGGAUGAGGUUGCGCAGCGCUGCGACAAGAGCGUCGACGACUUCCUCGUGAGACACAACAGAAGUGUACCGAAAAAGCGGAAGUUUUGA